AUGGAGAAGGCGGCAGGGGAGAGCGCACACUUGCUGGACAAGCCGGCGGCAGCCACGGGCAGCGCCGGCCUCUCCUCUGCCGGCGCCGUCUUCAUCAUGCUCAAGUCGGCCCUUGGCGCGGGGCUGCUCAACUUCCCCUGGGCAUUCAACAAAGCGGGCGGCAUCAUGCCCGCCGUGCUCGUGGAGCUGGGCUCCUUGGUGUUCCUGGUGAGCGGGCUGGCGGUGCUGGGCUACGCGUCGUCCCUCAGCACGCAGCCCACCUACCAGGGCGUCAUCCGUGAGGUGUGCGGCAGCGCCGCGGGGAAGCUCUGCGAGCUCUGCUUCAUCCUCAACCUCUUCAUGAUCUCCGUGGCCUUCCUGCGCGUCGUGGGGGACCAGCUGGAGAAACUGUGCGACUCCUUGUACCCCAACGGCACGCUGGGCGCGCAGGGCCCCGCGCCGCCCCACUGGUACGUGGACCAGCGYUUCACCCUCUCGGCGCUCUGCGUCCUGGUCAUCCUCCCUCUCUCCGUGCCCAAGGAGAUCGGCUUCCAGAAGUACUCCAGCAUCCUGGGCACGUUGGCCGCCUGCUACCUCACCGUGGUCAUCGUCRUAAAGUACUACCUGCAAGCGGAGAGCCCCGGCUUGCGCCAGCCCCCCCAGGCCUCCAGGACUCCCUCCUGGGCCUCCAUGUUCAGUGUCAUCCCCACCAUCUGCUUCGGAUUUCAGUGCCACGAGGCCUGCGUGGCCAUCUACAGCAGCAUGCGCAACCGGAACUUCUCCCACUGGGUGGCUGUCUCCGUGCUCUCCAUGCUCAUCUGUCUGCUCAUUUACACCCUCACAGGGCUCUAUGGCUACCUGACCUUUGGGGAGGACGUGGCCGCUGACAUCCUCAUGUCCUACCCGGGGAAUGAUGCUGUUGUCAUCGUCGCCCGCCUGCUCUUUGGCAUCUCCAUCGUGACCAUCUACCCUAUCGUUGUGCUGCUGGGCAGGUCUGUUGUUCGUGACAUGUGUGUGAAGCCCAAGCGUGGGACCAUGCCGGUGGCUGCGGCGUCCGAGCGGCGGACCAGGGUGGCGCUGACUGUCUCGUGGAUUGCGGCAACGCUCGUCAUCGCCUUAUUCGUGCCGGAUAUCGGCAAGGUCAUCGGGCUCAUUGGCGGCAUCAGCGCCUUCUUCAUCUUCAUCUUCCCAGGGCUGUGCUUGGUGUGCAUGAUGGGAACCGAAGCCAUUGGGCCACGGAAGAGGGCCGCGCUCGUCGCCUGGGGCGUCCUCUCGGUGCUGUGCGGCGCCUUCGUCUGCGGGCAGAGCACGGCCAGCGCCGCCAUGGAGCUGCUGCACCGCGCGUAG